AUGAGUAAACAUAAAGCAGAGAUAGAUUGCACUAGAAGAUGCAGAUCUCGUUAUCAUGGUCAAGUUUUAACAAGUGCAAUUACUAAAAGAUCUGUAUCAGACCAAACUCUAGCUAGCUUUAUAAAAGCGACAUGUGCAAACUUUGUGAAAGCCUUCGAUUUUGAAGGUCGGACAGCUUUGCACAUGGCAGCAUCGCGCGGUAGACUUCAGCUUAUGGAAUGGCUGAUACGUCACUCCCCUGACGCUUUUGCUAAUGCACGAGACCGGGAAUCUGGGUACACACCGCUGCAUCGAAGCAUAUUUUAUGGGCAAAUUAAUGCAGCAGUGUCAUUGAUGAAAUUGGGUGUUAAGACAGAUAUCGUCGACAAAGAUGAUUAUAAAGCCUUGGAGCACGCGAUGCUGGAUCGUCACUACAUGUAUAAGCUAGAUGAUGCAGACCCUCGCGAGGUAUAUGUGUGGGGGAGCAACUCCAAUUAUACUCUGGGCACUGGCACUCAGCAACAACGGAACUUUCCAGAACUACUCGGAUCUUUCAGUAGAAAUAAUACCUGCGUUAAACAGGCAUGCCUAGGAAAGUUCCAUAGCGUGUGGGUAUGUGCUGGAGCGUCGCAGGGUGAAGUCUGGUGUUGCGGGCAAGUUUCGCGAGCGGGCGGGCCGCACGCCACCUGCCUUGCGCCCACACCGCUACGUCUACCCGAACCUUGCAUGCAGGCCGCCCUCAUGCUUAAUGCUACGGUCUUCUUAUUAGAAAGUGGCUCGGUGAUUCAGUAUUCGUUGAACAGCGCAGACAAUAUGAGUCAGUCCUGUGCUAAAACACCGUCAUCCAUUAAGUUGCCUCCAGUCAAACCUCUGCUGAAGUUAUCUCAACCUAUAGGCAUCUCCGCGGGUCGUUCGCACGCUGUCGUAUGGAAUGUGCGAGCUGUUUACACUUGGGGCACGAAUGUUGGACAACUUGGACAUCCGCAAGAGGAGAAAGUGUUAACUGCGCCCAAACGAGUAGCCAUAUCGAUUAAUAACAAAGAAGACGCAGGAUUCUGUCUUGCAAGUGCAGCGGACGCCGCCACUGUUAUCACCACUAGUCGUGGGGAUGUAUAUCUUCUACAUAAAUACAUGUGCAAGAAGAUUGCUAUUAAGCAAAUCAAUCUCCGUCAAGUUUGCGUUGAAGCUAAAGUGAGCGAUCAAGGGGCGUAUUCGCGAGUGACCGUGUUACUACUGACAACUGUCGGCCAAUUGCUCAUAUGGCAAGACACAACGAACCAACUGACCAGGUGCGUGUUCGGUCUUAGUCAUCAAACGGUUAUAACAAACGUAACGUUAACACACGACGCGCUUUAUUUUACAACUAAACAUGGCGAAGCUUUCAUCGGCACUAUCUCGAGGAAGACCACGCCUACUCAGCCACAGACAAUUAAAAAGGAGAAAGAGAGAGACAGCAACAAGUCUGCCCUGGUGAAGUUUUUGGAGAAAGACGAUUGUACCCCUGUUAGGAUUACGAAAAUACCUAAUGUGCACAGAGCAGUAUCAAUAAUAGUAGAUAGUGAGGGUCUGAACUUCGCUUGUUUGCAAAUAAGGCCCACGUGUGGACUAAGAUCAUUACCAGAACUAUCGGCUUCGGGAUUAGCUAAACAAAUGGAAUCUCUAAUGGAGUCAGCAUCUGACACCGAUCUACUUCACGAUGUUGUAUUCAAGGUUGGCUCAAAACUGUUUCCAGCGCACAUAUUCAUAGUAGCAUCAAGCAGUGAGUUCCUAUACAAGCUGUAUCGGGACCAAAAGGAGGUCCCUGGGAAUAAACCUACUAUAGUCCUGGACCAUAUACAUCCAGAAGUGUUCCAGUGGAUCUUAAAGUUCGCUUAUACUGGAACGUGUGACGUGGCAGAGUUGGGACAGUGCCCACUCAAAAUAAGGAAGGAAGAUCUACCAGUUGUGAAGAAAGAUAAGAAAAAUGAGGAUGAUGAUGAAUUAGAGCUAAUGGAGAACUCUUCCGAUAUAUCGGCGUACGAAGUGUACAAACAUCAGAACAAACGCAAACAUCGUCGCAGUGUGGAAACUCCGCCGCGACACUCGCACUGUGACCCCGUGAAACUUGUACAGGCGGCCGCUAAGCGGUUACAGUUCAUGACGCUCCACAAACUAUUAGACAAGUUCUAUUAUCGCGAUGGCACUAUAUGCUUGAAAGAUUCUGCCACAUACACAAAGAACCCUCCACAGUAUUGGCAACGGGACUCUUUACCCGACCUAGUAGAUACAAACGUAUGUUCUAAAGACGGAGUACUGAUACCCGCACAUAAAUGUGUGCUAGCUGCGAGACUUGACUACUUCCAGGGGAUGUUCUUGCACUCUUGGACAGAGAGUAAACUUCUAUCAAAAGUUAAUCUGCCUAUAAACCAUGGAAUACUUCUGCCCGUCAUUAACUUUUUGUACACCGACGCCUGUCCAGAAGUAGACACAUCCGACAGUAUAGACUUCAUCUGCAGCAUGCUUAUAGUCGCCGAUCAAUUGUUUAUAACCCGCCUCCGUGAAAUGUGUGAGGUCGCUUUAGCCAACCUUAUUACACUGAAGAACUGCGCUGAACUCUGCCAAUUUGCUCACACUUAUAAUGCCGUCCAGCUCAAACAGUGCUGCAUGGAAUUCAUAUCCCUUAACUUAUCCAGUAUCCUCGAAAACAAAACUUUAGACGUCAUAGAAGAGAGUUUACUUGCCGAUCUGUCAAAUUAUUAUUGCAAAUUCAACCCCAUCAUGUCAUCCAGAGUGAUAACUCCUUUUUAUUGCGCUCCAAGUGAUGAGGUAAUUGAGGAAUGCGCUAUGAACUAUCCGAUAAAUUUAGAUCAUACGGAUGAGGAUAUGAAAAAGGACGAUACUUUAGAUGCCAUUAAAAGAAAAGGCAAACAUUCCAAGAAGAUCGAGUACACGGAAAGUGAAAAGGCUAGAAUGAGAUACGAAUCUGUGAGUUCAGUGACGUCAUUAGAUCUUUCGAAUGAAACCUCUGGAGAUAUAACACUGUCUCUAAGUAAUAUAUCGAAAUCAUCGGAGAAAGGUGCUCGGGAUAAGCAAGAGAAGUGGAUUGAGGUGCCGUCUGCUGUACAGAAACAGCAAAAGAUUAUUCAGGCGAGAUUGAAAGCUGUGAGCAAUGCAAAAGAUAUACUUAAUGAGCCUCAAACUGAACAAUUGACUAGGUUGACUAAGAAUUCCUCGUUUAGGUCUAUUGUUCGAAGUCAGGAGAAUACUCCAACCACUUCGCGUGUAUCUGUUUCGCCGAAGGAAUCGCUUCUAACGGAACUAUCCAGAAGCCCCCAAGGCAACUUGGUUAUAAGUCAUGUUGGACCAAAACUGUCCCAAAAGCAAAGAAAAAAAAUGGCAAUGCUUGGCGAAUCUUCGUCGCACAACUUAACUGACAGUUUUGUUAAUAAAUUAAUAAUAGAAAGUCCACCUGAAAAGCCGAAAAACCCGUGGAAGGUUUGUGAACCUCCCGUCGCUAGCAGCAGUCCUAAAGCCAAAACUAUUGAAUUCAAUAAGAUCCUGACGGACCAAAAGAAACAAAAAGAGGACCACUCCAGAAUCAUGACUAAACCACUUGCAUUAACUCAGCUUGAAGACAAGGCAAUAGAAGAGUUGGAGAGAUUCUACAAUAUCUAUGAAAUUGAUGAUGAACUGAUCACAGUGAGACGUAUUGAGCUUCAAGUGUUUUCUCCACAAUGGGUUCACAGUGCCCCCAAGUGAUAA